AGUUUCAAAGCUUUAUAUGCCAUAGUAAACGUUAACGCUGUUUUUGCGAUUUGUUUAUCUAAAUACUAUAGUAACCAUAAUUCUUAGGUUUUUAUUAAUGACCAAAGUGUAUUUCCUACAAUGUUUUCUUUUGUACAGCUCAUUAUACUGACAAACUUUUGGUUUAGUGUACACCAUAGAAAUAAUGUUAUAUUUGUUUUCCUUCUUGAAAAAAUAUUCAUUAUAUACCGUACUUCGAAAAUAUUCAUUAAAUAAGGCGUUUAUAGCUUUAAUAAAAACACCAAUAUUCAAUUGUAAAACGUGGGGAAAAUGUGAUUAUUGAAAUAAGAUUUGAAAAUGAAACACGUCAAAAAUUAAAAAAAAAAUUAAAACUAAUGUUUAAAUGAGUAUUUUUUGUUUUAUACAUAUCUGUAAAAUUUUACAAGUUUCUAUUAUUUUUACAAUGACGAUAGUAAAGUUAUUUUGGGUCAAACAUAUCACGGCUUGUAAUCUUUGCCGGAAAUAGCCGGGCAUCUCGUUUCCUCAAUUACACAGUGGCGGAUAGCGAGCCGGACACACACGUAAGAACCACACGCCACAGUCACUGUCAGCUAACGUGUUGUUGUUUAUUUUUCAUCACUUACUUACAAAAUGGCAGGAGAAUGGGAUAGACAUGGCCUAAGUCACAGCAGUUCUCAUAUUUUGGUAAUGUGCUUCACUUUGAUCCUAGGACAAGUUGCCGCAACCCCUGAAAUCAGAGUGCUCACCCCAAACGAUUACCAAUACUGGUACCUAACAAAGUUCGGAAUUCCUAGCCAAGAGUCGACUCACCUAGCUUUCAAAGUCCUGGCCUGCAAUGACGCACAUAUGUUGCUGAAACCCAGUAAUAGAAGGCCCAUUGAAAUUGUUCUAGGCGGCUGGAGUAACUCAAAUUCCUGCUUAAGAACCCGGGUACAGGGACCAUGUCGAGAUCAGUACGCCGGAAAGAUACUUGACUGUAAAGAGUUCAAAGAGUUCGUAAUAAGCUGGAAAGAUGGUAACAUUAUGGUAGGACACAUGAACUCCGGAUUUAGGGAUCUUAUGCUGGACUUUCAACUCAAGAACCCUUUGUCUAAUGUGACAAUUGGGAUCUCUACCGGGUUCGGAGCAACAGGAAUAUGGACGUUCGAAGAUACCAGAACAAACACUACAGAUACAACAGUGCCGCCCGUCCAAGUAACAUCAACAGACAAACUGACCACAAAUGAAGGAUCACAAAACGCACAAGUAAUCAAUGUUGAAGGCAAAUCAUCUGAAAUGACCAACAGCUACACGGCAGUUGGAGCGACUGCCGCAGUUCUUGCUCUCCUUGCAUUUAUAGUCGUAGGUGCCAUCCUGUGGCGGAGGUUGAUUCGUCGUCCAGGUCCGAGUCCGAAUAUUGAAAUCAUUAACCCGGGAUUUAAUGGGAAAGAAAUGAGCACCUACGAAAUAAUACACAAACACUACCCAGAAGAAAACCUUUACACAGACAUUGGCACUCUCGAUAUUGCCAAAGUUCACGAAAACGGCGCAUAUUACGAUACCGCUGAACCCUUAGAAGAUAAAAACAUGUAUUUACGUAUGUUAGAUGCUUCUGGCGAGGAAAUGCAACGUACUUCCAAUUAUUUGUCAACGUCCCAUACCAAGCAACCUAGCAAAGGGAGAUCGUCAAACACGAAACAACAGACUGAGGACGGUCAACCAAACUUUUAUGUUGACAGUACCUACCUUGUGCCAAGACCUUCCAUGAAAAAGCAGUAAAUGCAUAAUUUAUUGACAAUAAAGGAUACACACUAUCUUUAAAAUCUGCUCUCUUAAUUAGCAUGUUGCUACGGAUGGUUCAUUUUUGCUAAAUUAAUAAAGUGAUAAAUAAAAACUAUCUGAACUUGGCAAAUAUAUCAUACCACCUAACAUUAUUUCAAUUUCAAUGAGUUUUACAAAUCUAAUACAUUUUGGAUUAUUAAUUAUUCUGAGAUAAUAGGUAACUUUGAAGAGACAGGCUUAAGAAACCAGAUGCAUAUUUUCAACUGUUUUGUACAUGUGAAUUUCAAGUUGACAUUGCAUAGAAAAUGAAAUUAAAAUAUGUUCA